AUGUCUUCCGAUAUUCCUCAAGGCGAUGUCCAAGAUAACGACUACGUCUCCCGAUCUGGUCAGAAGGAUGGGCCAAUUCCAGUUCAAUCCGAUAACGACGUUGUUGAGAGUGGCGUUGAUGCAGAGGUUGCUGACAGCGAUGAGCAACUUGCACGCGAUGACAAAGAAGCUAUUGAUGAGUCUAACAUCAUCGACGAGAAGACCAGACAUGCCAAGCCCACUGGCAGCUACAGAGAGCCUGGUGAUGACGAGGGUCUUCCAGGACCAGAGGAUGGAACGAGCAGGAACUAG